CCUUCCGGGCUGAUGGGGCCGCCACUUAUGUGGAGAAUCGUGCAGAGGCCCAGCGUUGGGCAACUGCACUCAUGUGUCUCCUCCGAGGAGUGCCUCUGUCUGGGGACCAGGAAAUCACUCCUGAAUUGCUGCCCCGGAAGCCCAGGCUGCUCUUAUUGGUCAAUCCUUUUGGGGGGCGGGGCCUGGCCUGGCAGCGCUGUAUGGACCACGUGGUACCCAUAAUCUCUGAAGCUGGGCUGUCAUUCAACCUCAUACAGACAGAACGACAGAACCAUGCCCGUGAGCUGGUGCAGGGGUUGAGCCUGAGUGAGUGGGAAGGCAUUGUCACUGUGUCUGGAGAUGGGCUGCUUUAUGAGGUGCUGAAUGGGCUCCUUGAUCGCCCAGACUGGGAAGACGCCGUGCGGAUGCCCAUUGGUGUCCUCCCCUGUGGUUCGGGCAAUGCACUAGCUGGGGCGGUUAACCGUCAUGGCGGGUUUGAGCAGACUGUCGGUGUUGACCUGUUGCUCAACUGCUCGCUUCUUCUCUGCCGGGGUGUUAUUGUGGUCCUAUAA